GGAUACAGCCAAUGCAGUAAAAGAAAAGUUUGGAAAGAAAUUGUACGAGUCUUUAUUAGUAGGGAAUUUACCUGACAUGAACAAGAUGCUGGAUAAAGAAGAUUUCACUAUGAUGAAGAGAGCCAUUUUUGCUACCCAGAGACAGUCAUUCCCUCCAGUAUGCACACACAACAUGCUUGAUGACUCUUCUGACGCAAUCUUAAACACUAUUCGAAGGCUUGGUCUCUUUAACAGUAGUGCAGAUCGCAUAAAGGUAAUUUUUCAUCCAGAGUUCCUCUCCUCUACCAGCCCACUUUUACCAGUGGAUUAUGAGGAGUUUGUGCGUGGAUGUCACCUUGGGGUCUUCCCUUCUUACUAUGAGCCCUGGGGGUACACGCCUGCUGAAUGUACUGUUAUGGGGAUCCCCAGUAUUUCCACCAACCUGUCUGGAUUUGGAUGUUUCAUGGAGGAACACAUUGCUGACCCUUCUGCCUAUGGUAUCUACAUCUUAGAUCGACGGUUCCGUUCCGUGGACGAUUCCUGCACUCAGCUCACGUCCUUCCUAUACAGUUUCUGCCAGCAGACACGACGCCAGCGCAUCAUUCAGAGAAACCGCACCGAGCGCUUGUCUGACCUUCUUGAUUGGAAGUACCUGGGCAGGUAUUACAUGUAUGCUCGACACAUGGCACUGGCUAAAGCAUUUCCUGACAACUUUACAUAUGAACCCCAUGAACCCACUGCUGCCGCAGGUUUCCGUUAUCCACGUCCAGCAUCUGUGCCACCCUCUCCUUCCCUGUCCCGCCACUCCAGCCCACAUCACAGUGAAACAGAAGAUGACGAAAGAUAUGAUGAGGAAGAAGAAGCAGAGAAAGAUCGCCAGAACAUCAAGUCAAAGGCUUUGUCCUCUACGGGGCCAGUUCCUGACUGGCGUAAUCGCUCCAAAAAGGGCUCCAUAGACGCAGGCAACUCCAGUAAUGCUAGCAACGCAAGCACUCCCACUAACCCCAGCAGCCCAAGUGACCUCAGCAGCCCUACCAGUUCUCUCCUUGAGGAGAGAAACUAAAUGUUUAAUAUCUAAUAUCCUUUAUCUCCAAAACAAAGGUUGUUUGUUUUUGAGAAGAAAUAAAUUACAAGACGUACUGAUCUGUAUUGUUUGCCUAGGUCUGUAGAGUUUUUUCUAAGCUCCAUCAGGUCAACACAACACCAGCAUGUUUUUGGUGGCUGGUAAAUGCUUGGUGGAUCCAGAAUACUGUCCAAACAAUAUGUAAAGGGCUUAGUCCAGCUUGAGUACCGAGGUUUGUAAACACAUCUUUUUCACGCUCUUGGUCAAAUAUGUUUGCAGUGGAAUCAUUAUACUUUAGGUUAAAGUUUAAUCCUAAUUAGAUUGUGGGAGCUCUAGAAGAUGGUGACCAAGACCAAAUCCAUUGGUUCAGCCAAGCUCAUCCAUUUGUAUUUGGCUAAAGCACUUUUACUUUUAGUCUCAUCCCGGUCCACCAAGCACUUCCCAACUUGAAUUUCUUUAAAAAAUAACAAAGGGUUGUCACCCCAUAAAACAGAAGUGGUUAG